UCCAUGAAGGGCUUGGUUCUCCUUCCUCCGGGAAACUGGGUGGGAUAAGGAUAUAAGUAAAAUAAUUAUUUUAGUGGUUUGGUUUAUUUUGAGAUUGUGCAGGCCACCGGCCUCACACUCCCGAACAGAUGGCAGACCAAGAAGUAGUGCUUUGGUCGGACCACGGACCUGCCUUCUGGAUGCGGAACAACUUAUUGUGUGUUGUUUCCACGGGUACUUUUUUAGUGAUGCACACAAUGUCCAUGGACGAAGAACAGGCAACUCCUGAUUGUGGUUGUAAAGGAAUUAGAAGUUGCCUAAAAUGUGAAAAUGUAAAAGGAAAAACUGAACUGAAUGAAAAUGGACAAACGAUGUACCAUGAUUUCAUCUACGACCCAAUACUGCAGUUGGCACUGCGAAAGGAUUGCGAGCAGGUGUCUUUCCCAUUCCCUGGAGUCUUUCUGUGGGAAAACUUCAUAUCAGAAGAGGAUGAAACAGAGUUAGCAGAGAAAAUGGACAGGAAUGUCUGGAGAGAGUCACAGUCUGGUCGAAAGAAACAGGAUUUUGGACCAAAGGUCAACUUCAAAAAACACAAAGUACGUGUAGGUGGCUUCUGUGGCUUACCAGAUAUCAGCCAAAAAUUAGUGCAACGGAUGUCCCAGGAGCCGGUUCUAGCAGGGUUCCAACCAGUUGAGCAGUGCAACUUGGACUACAGCCCCCAACGUGGGUCUGCAAUUGACCCCCACCUGGAUGACAGUUGGCUGUGGGGGGAACGUCUGGUUACCAUCAACCUGCUAUCAGACACCAUUCUCACUAUGUCCAUGGAGGAGGGACUGUCCAAAAUUGGGGAUGAGGGGGAAGUCAGGGUUAAAGUACACCUUCCUCGCAGGUCGCUAUUGGUGCUGCAAGGUGAAGCACGACACCGAUGGAAACAUGCCAUCUAUAGACAAGACAUUCAUGCACGCAGGGUGUGCAGUACGUACAGAGAACUGUCUGCAGAGUUCCUGCCUGGUGGGAAGCAAGAAGAAUUAGGGGCUCAGCUGUUGAACAUUGCUUGCAGCUUUCAGGGGACUUCUUUAUAGAGAUAAUGCUCUUCUUCUUUAUAGAGAUAAUGCUCUUCUUCUUUAUAGAGAUAAUGUUCUUCUUCUUUAUAGAGAUAAUGCUCUUCUUCUUUAUAGAGAUAAUGCUCUUCUUCUUUAUAGAGACAAUGCUCUUCUUCUUUAUAGAGAUAAUGCUCUUCUUUAUAGAGAUAAUGCUCUUCUUCUUUAUAGAGAUAAUGCUCUUCUUCUUUAUAGAGAUAAUGCUCUUUUUCUUUAUAGAGAUAAUGCUAUUCCUUUUUUGCAAUACUUUCUGUGUUUGGAAUAAUAAUAAUUCACAUUUUGUCAGCUAAGGUAUCCAUAACAGAAUUAUUCAAAUAUCAGUCAGCAUACAAAAAAAUUAUGUCUGUUAAAAUACAAUUUCGACAACAGGGAUUUGUUAUUGUGAGCAUAUCAAUUACAAUGAUUUUAGUAGUAUAACUUGUAAUUAGCUAUUUCCUACAAAUUCUGAUUUUGAUUGAACUUCAUCAAACAUUUAUGUCAUAUUUAUUAUUUAUUAUACAAAAUGAUUCGGCUAUAUAAACAGAUCUAAAUAAAAUCAUUAUUGCCAUGACUUAUGUGAAAUUCAUGAUUUGGAACAUUCGCGACAGAAUAAAAUACUACUGAUCAACAACA